AUGUGCGUUCGCUCCGGGAUGGAGUGUCGGCCGCGGGCGGUGCUACCCUCGGCGACAAGGAGGCCCAAGAGGCAGACAGAGAACAGCCCUGAUAACGACGUCCCGGGCUCUGCGGGCAGCUCGGGACCGCAGCGGUCCGAUGUCUCGAGCAGUCCGGGCAUAGGGGAGCCCCUGGGAUCCAUCUCGGUGCAGACAGAUGCCCCGACUCCACUAGGCCGGCACGCCGCCGAAUCGUCGCCGCAGAACCAGCAGUUCGGAGCCAACAGGUCGGCCAUCUCCCUAGCUAUGAAUAUGUACCAGAGCCUCGGGACCUCUGCGCCACUAGAGGCCUCCACCAUCCCCGGAGAUGGAGACCUGGCGCCGAACCCGCUCCGGGGCCCUCCGUGGACGCUACAAUCCAUGCAAAUGCCGGCACCAGCAGCCAUGGAGGCCUUGAUUGAUGUCUACUUUGACAAAGUGGACUGGUUCAUCUGGAUAUUCCACAAACCGUCUUUCGUCCAGCAGGCGCGGCAGAUUCUUUCCAGUUCGUCGUGGCCACGCGCGGACAUGAGCAAGGUCCUCAUCACCCUUGCCGUAGCCGCUCUCGGCCUGAAGUGCGCCAUGCAGGAUUCUUCACCCAAAGGGCAACGUCUUCAUUCUUUGCUCCCGUGCGAGCCGCGCAAGCUGAUGGAUCAUAUGAUUGCCGAGAUACGGCUGCACCUCAUCGACUUAUUGGAGGACAACUGCAUAGAAACAGUGCAGGUCAAUGUACUCCUAGGCGCAUUGCACAUCUUUCACGGGUCGCCAAGCCUGGCCUGGGCGACCAUCGGGCUUUCAGUCAGGACAUCAUACGCUUUGGCUCUGCACUGCGACUCGGACACAAAUGAGAUUACGACUCAAAUACGACGCCGCUGUUGGAACCAUCUCACGGUGGCCGACACUUUUGCUUCCCAGAUCUAUGGUCGUCCUGCGUCACUAGACUCGGCCUUUUCGGAUUUGUUGCCUCUUGCCGAGAUUGACGAUACUGCCAUUGAUGACUCGACGGAGCAGUACAUUCGAGAAACGUUCGGCAGCACAGUCUCCGUCAUAAGCUUCCACUGGUUCAAGUACAAGUUGUACGAGCUCACCAGGAAGAUUCUGUCCACCUUCAGACUGAUGCGGCUCCACAGCCCCAUGACGGUAGACGAGCUGCAGUCCCUGAUAGCAGCCGUUCAGGACAUUGAGAUCCAACUCAGCGCAUGGAGGAACUCUUUGCCCCCGCCUCUCAACACUGACAACAUGUCAGAAGAUUAUCUGCAGCUCGAGUCGCUGCAGGAGAUGGGCCAGAACGACGGCGAUGGAGACAUGCCUAGCCUACGCCGCCUGAAACUACAAGCUUACGUCUUGCAAAUCACCUACGACGCGGCGGUGAUUCUGGCUCACCGACCACUGCUAGAACACAAGCUGUCGUCGGCGUCUCGGCAGGACGUCAGCAGGAGCUCGACCGAGUACGUCUCGAGAUCCUUCGACAUCUCGGUCAAGGCGGCGCUUCGCACCUCGCGGGUGCCCAUCAUGGAGUUCAGGAACGAGUUCUGCAUGGCGUUCGUCUUCAUCCACCUCUUCUCCGCGGGCGUCAUCCUCUGCAUCCCGCCGACGAGCCACCCCUACAGCAACGCGGCGCAGGAGGCCAAGGCCGGCGUCUUCCGCAUCAUCCAGGCGGCCAAGGCGCUCAGCCCGGAGAGCCAGGUCGCGAGGCACGCGGACCGGCUGCUCAGCGACCUCCUGAAGCUGAGCCUGCACCGCGAGGUCGACAUGGCGUUCAAGGAGGAGCGCCAAGGCCUGGCUCCGCCGGAGCAGCCGAGCCAGCAAGAACACGAGCGGCGGUUGAUGUCCGCCAACAACUUCGCUGGCCCGCCCGCUGAUCCAUGCUACGACGAGACGCUCAUGCCAAACAUGCCCCAUAACGCGGAUGUCACCGUCGGGGCUGUCGAUGAAGAUUGGAGCCUGCAGCCCUCAUUCCAAAACCUCAUGAACGCUAAUAGCUCCGACCUUCAGCCCAUGGACCUACCACUUGACGAAGCCUUUGGGGCGUUUGGUCAAGUGAUGUUUAAUCUGGUACCUGAUGAUCCGUUGAACAUUUGGGGUUGGGGCAAAGGGUCGAUGUAA